AUGAAAGUUCUUCUUGUUGGAGCAACCGGUAAUCUGGGCAUUCGCCUUGUCGCAGCGCUCCUCACACAUGGCCACAGCGUUGUUGCGUUCGUCCGAUCCUCGAAGAAACUCGAAUCUCUCCUUCCAGCGUCAGUAUACCGCCAGAUCACGGUUGUUCAGGGUGAUGCCACUGAUUCAAUCUCGAUCAAGAAGGCCAUUUUGGAAUCCAGCUGUGAUGCAGUUGUCAAUACCGCUGGUUUAGCGGCCAUACUUCCUUGGGGAAGAAGUGAACUGCCUGCAAUAUUUCGAGCAGUCCUGGAUGCUGUACGAGAAGCGGGUUUGGACAGACAGAAACCGCUGAGAGCUUGGUUCUUAGCUGGUAUGGGAGUGUUGUAUUAUCCAGGAUCAGAAUCAAUGCUCUCGAACUAUCUUCCCAUCUACCUUGAACACCGCCAAAACCUCCGCCUCCUCCAAUCUCUCCCAUCGAACACAGUCGACUGGUCUGCGCUAUGCCCUGGCACCAUGGUCCCCGAGUCCUCGCAUUUUAAUGUACCUACAACCUCUUCGCGUGGAAAACUCAUUGCAAAUGCCGCGAGUCCACCAUCAUGGAAAGAUUCCUGGAUAAAGCACAUCCCUUUGAUCGGGAUGACGCUUUUGAGCGGCAUGAAUAUGGGACGCUAUGAGACCAGCCUUGAACAGAACGCAGAAUUCAUUGCUAGUGACCUCGAGACCUACGAGAGCCAAUGGAGUGGGACAACAGUCGGAAUUAUUGACGGGUCGAAGUAA